AUGGCCCCCGUUCUCUCUCUUGUCCUGGCCCUCCUAGGCGCCGCCCAACUGGCCGAGUCCGCCUCGGCCGGCUGCGGCAAAGCGCCCCCGUCGUCCGGCACCAAGUCCAUGACGGUCAACGGUAAGCAGCGGCAGUACAUCCUCCAGCUGCCCAACAACUACGACUCAAACAAGGCCCACAGGGUCGUGAUUGGAUACCACUGGCGGGACGGGUCUAUGAACGACGUGGCCAACGGCGGUUUCUACGACCUGCGGUCUCUGGCUGGCGACAGCACCAUCUUUGUCGCCCCCAAUGGCCUGGAUAAAGGGUGGGCCAACAACGGCGGCGAAGAUAUCACCUUUACCGACCAGAUUGUGGCUCUGCUGAAAACCGAUCUUUGUGUGGAUGAGGGUCAAUUCUUUGCGACGGGCUGGAGCUACGGCGGUUCUAUGAGCCACAGUGUAGCCUGCUCUCGGCCGAAUGUCUUCAAAGCAGUGUCAGUCAUUGCCGGAGCCCAGCUCUCGGGUUGCUCGGGCGGUACCACCCCCGUCGCAUACCUCGGUAUCCAUGGCGCGGCUGACAACGUCCUGCCUAUCAAUCUCGGCCGUCAGCUGCGCGACAAGUGGUUGCAGACCAAUGGGUGCGCCUCCAAGAGCGCGCCGGAGCCCUCGUCGGGCCAGCAAAGCCACAUCAAAACCACGUACAGCUGCUCCCUGGCACCAGUCACUUGGAUCGCGCACGGCGGGGGCCACGUUCCCGAUCCCUCGGGCACGAACGGCGUCAAGUUUGCGCCCGGCGAGACGUGGUCCUUCUUUAACGCGGCUGUUUCCGGUGGCGACGGUGGCCCUAGUACUUCGGCCCCGGCAUCAACUACCGCUACGACGAGCCCGGGGACGCAGCCGACUACCGAUCCGACAAACUGCUCGCCUAAGUAUGGCCAGUGCGCCGGGAACGGGUGGACUGGUCCUACGUGCUGCCAGAGCGGUAGCACUUGUCGUUAUUCCAAUGAUUGGUACUCGCAGUGUCUCUAG